GGCCGGCGCCUUCAGUCUCCUCCUCCGCCGCCUCCCGGUUCCGCAGUCACUUCCUGCAGCUGUUUCCCUGUAGGUCCGGUAGCACUGACUUUUGACAGUCAGCCUUCAGCUGCGGAGGGGGCUUGCCUGGGCCAGCUGAGAAAGUUGCGCGGAGGGAGGCAGAGUUGAACCCGGCGGAGUCGAACCAGGCAGAUUCGGGCGCGCAGGACGGACGGCGGCGGGUGGCCGGGGAAGACGCGGCGCCUAGACUCCGUCGAGUCCCGGGGGUUCCGAUUUGAAGACCCAACUUCUCACCACCCAUUGGAUUAUGCCCAAGGCUUUCAUACCCAAUGAUUCUCUUGCAACACGCCGGGCUUCCUCCACCUAAGCGGCCCUCAUCCUCUCUUCCUAUGUCAGUGGCUGCUAGGUCUACAGGAACCUUUCAGCUUCCACCACCGAAGGCUUUUGGGCAGGAAGCUUCCUUGUCUCUGGCAGGGGAAGAGGAGUUACCAAAGGGAGGGGAGCAAGACUCUGCCCUGGAGGAGCUAUGUAAGCCCUUGUACUGCAAGCUCUGCAAUGUCACCUUGAACUCAGCACAGCAAGCCCAAGCUCAUUAUCAGGGUAAAAAUCAUGGUAAGAAACUCAGAAAUUACUAUGCAGCAAACAGCUGUCCUCCUCCUGCCAGAAUGAGCAAUGCAGUGGAACCCGUGGCUACCACAGCUGUUCCUGUCCCUCCACAGAUGGGCUCCUUUAAGCCAGGAGGCAGAGUGAUUCUGGCCACAGAGAAUGAUUACUGUAAGCUCUGUGAUGCCUCCUUCAGUUCUCCGGCUGUGGCUCAGGCUCACUAUCAAGGGAAGAAUCAUGCCAAGAGGCUGCGGCUGGCAGAAGCUCAGAGUAACUCAUUCUCAGAGUCCUCAGAGGUUGGUCAACGGAGGACCCGGAAAGAAGGGAAUGAAUAUAAGAUGAUGCCUAAUAGGAGAAACAUGUAUGCAGUACAGAAUAAUUCAGCAGGUCCUUACUUCAAUCCCCGCUCUCGGCAGAGAAUUCCACGCGAUCUGGCCAUGUGUGUUACUCCAAGUGGCCAGUUUUACUGCUCCAUGUGUAAUGUUGGGGCCGGUGAAGAAGUGGAAUUCCGGCAGCAUCUAGAAAGCAAGCAACAUAAAAGCAAGGUGUCUGAACAGCGGUACAGGAAUGAGAUGGAGAAUCUGGGAUAUGUAUAGUGAUUGUCAUAUUCAGAUAGAACAGCUUGUCCUGCCUGUUGUUUGCCUUCUGUCAAUAUGCCCUGCUUUGUGGUUCUUUUGGUAUGAGUACAUUCCUCUGCUUAAUGUCAAUACACGUAACCUGUAGCUGUACCACGAGGUGUCAAAACUGGGGAAGGAAGAGAACGUGCUUAAGUCAUGAUGCUUUUUCCGAUCAGUUGUGUUGAGCUACUUAAAGCCUGUGACCUACCUACCCCAUGAGAAAUAACUUUUUAUCUUGACCAAGUUCGAACCAACUAGUAGCCUGCCAGUUAGAGCUUUAACUAUUUAAAAAUUUCAUCUUCUUUUGCAAUUUUAGUGUUAUGUCCUGUUAAAUAAGUAAUUUUAUUGAGUUUUUGCUUCAGAUCAUAGUAAAAACAGGUCAGCA